AUGAGCAACUCAACGGAGCACUCGUCCGAAUACUGCACGCUUGACCUUUGUCCAAUCACCGAAGCAUACGUCUACUACGUGCCUUCGCUGGCAGGGAAUGCCAUCUUUGUGGCCAUCUUCGCGCUUUUGUUGGUAGCGCAAAUAGUUCUGGGCAUUCGAUAUCGAACCUGGGCAUAUUUGGCUGGAUUGUUUGGAGGAUUGGUGCUUGAGGUCAUUGGCUAUGCAGGACGAAUCCAGAUGCACUACAAUCCAUUCCGCUUUGACCCUUACCUGGAAUACCUGAUCUGCCUCACAAUCGGCCCCGCAUUCAUCAGUGCCUCGAUCUAUAUCUGUCUCGGACGAAUUGUGGUAGUCUAUGGCGAAAGCAUCUCAUUCCUUCGCCCGCGGACUUACACCAUUGUCUUCAUCAUCUGUGAUCUGAUCUCACUACUCCUCCAGGCUGCUGGCGGUGCCAUAACCUCCGUCGCCGACGCUGACGAGGCCGACCUAUCCCAAGCCGGCAUCAACAUCAUGAUCGCCGGUCUGGCUAGCCAGGUUGCCUCCCUCGCCAUCUUCAUGGCUCUUUGUCUAGCGUUUGCCUGGAAUGUGCACAAGAACAAGCAUGAACUCAAUCCAGACCCAUCUAUGGUCAAGCUCCGCAGUAGUAUGAAGUGGAAGGCGUUCAUAGGAGGCCUCAUUUUAGCAACGAUUACGAUCUUUAUCCGCUCCGUGUUCCGAGUCGCAGAGCUAAAGAGUGGAUUCCACAGCGCAUUGGCGAAUGACGAAGUCAUGUUCAUGAUUUUGGAGGGUGCUAUGAUGGCAAUUGCGCUGCUGUGUUUGACUAUUCUUCAUCCUGGUGUGUGCUUCGCUGGCCAUUGGAAUACUACCAAAUGGACGUUUCGCAAAAAUGCUCGAGACAGCGAGAUGAGCAUGCUAUCUCUGGUUCCCGAGCAUGAGAGGACUGGACACAGUGAUUAUGCAUCUAGGUGA